AUGUUAGUACUAUACACCAGUAGUAUACCUGCUACUAUAGAUCUAGAAACUGUUUGUGUAGCAACUAAUAGGUUAGUACUAUACACCAGUAGUAUACCUGCUACUAUAGAUCUAGAAACUGUUUGUGCAGCAACUAAUAGGUUAGUACUAUACACCAGUAGUAUACCUGCUACUAUAGAUCUAGAAACUGUUUGUGUAGCAACUAAUAGGUUAGUAUACAUACACAACUCUGCUUACAGGAGCAAGUGGAGGUCAGAGAUAUCUACCAUUAAAAUGACAAUACCAUUUGUGACUGAAGUUCCUAAGUGGGAUGUACAGUUGAUGCUGAAUAAACAGAUUGGAACAGAUUUUACAAUCAAAUCUGUGAAUGCAGACUUUUUAAUGAUUUCUGUUCCUGUAAAUGCAAGAGAGGGAUACAGACACACACUAUCUAUAUCUGCAGUUCCUUCACCUCCAGCAGUCCAAGGGAUUCAGCUCCUAAAUCCCCUUUCCCCCCCUCCUACUCCUUCUAUUCCUUCCCUGCCAUUUCCCUCCUUCCCUCCAAUAGAGAAACAAUUGAAUCCUGGCCCUGAGUUUCCCUCUCGUCCAUCCUUUGAUCCCCCAUCCAGGAUUAUAGAGCUAGAGGUUGACCUACUAGUCAGUUCCCAGAGUCCAGAAUUAUCUGACCUUAGUCCUCCAACUUGCAGAGUUGAGAAAGAUAACUGGGCCUCUGUAUGUAAACCUGAACCAACCAGAUGCCAGGAUAGAAUCUGGGAAGUCAGACUUAUUCUGCAAGAUGCAGAAUCCGGUUUGGUUUGGUUGGAUCUAUCUGAUUCGGGAGUAUUCUGGGAGCGAAUGAACUGGAGAUUAGGGAGCCUGGAGCCAGGUUGGUUGGAGUGGAAGGGAUCCUGCUGUACCUCAUUCCUAGGGAUAAGCUCCAAGAAUAUUGGAGGUUUGGAGGGAUCCUGUUCUGCUGGGGAUCAGGAGAAAUAUUUACAGUCUCUUCAGUCUGUGAGCUGGACUGUACUGGUGGUAAUCAUCGUUUUCUUAGUUAUAAGUUUGUUGAUUGCAACUGUUAUCAUAUUUUAUAUCAGAAGAAAACGGAAAGCUCAAUUAGAAGAAAUGAGACAGUUUCCACAACCCAGAUAGCCAUUAACUACAAAUCUUUAAUUAAAGAUUUAGUAUAUUUACCAAAACUAAUAUAGCCAUUAACUACAAAUCUUUUAAAACAUUUAGUUAGUUAAAGAUUUAGAUGGAUAAAAACUAAUAUUUCCACAAAUCUUUAACUAUCUUGAGUAAAUCAAUGGUUGAAAUGUACUAAAGAGUAUUAACCACAAAUCUUUAAUUGUCUUUAGUAAAUUAAAGUUUUAGAUGUAUUGUAUUGCUUUUUAAAACUUUUUUUAUAGUUCGACGACCCAGUAGUUACCACUGCAGGUUUAAAAUGUUCAACAAAUUUUUGCUUUAAAUCAAUGGAAAACGUUUUUCUGAGAAUACUGCUGGGUUUAAGAUUUUCAGCAACUUUUUAGCUUUCAACCGUUGGUUUUUAGUUUAUUCAGCUACUUUUUUACUUUCAACCGCUGUGUUGAAGUUUUUGAGCUACUUUUUUCUUUCAAACGCUGGGUUUAAG